AGGGGAAAUACCUUCUUUAUUAGCCAGCGCAGUGAGCGAUGGAUUUCAUUUGAUGCUCCUCUCCUCCUCCUUCAUCCCCUUCCUUGCUCUCUACUCACCGAACGAGCGAGCUGGCCAUCACACGGCUACGGCUUAGCCUUUCCCUCCGGCUUUACCUAAAGAAUUGGAGAGGUUGAUGCCAUUGUUCGAUUCUCUCGCCUUCCUUUCUCCUUCUCCCACAGCCUUUUUCUGCCCGUCUUUUCCUUCCUUGCCCACAUUCCUCGCCUCGCCUCGUGGCGGCGUGGCCUAUCUCCUCUGCUCCGCUUAUUACUAGUACUAGCCUGUACCGUCGGCGGCAAAGGAUCACUUGGUUAGUUGCUCUUCUUCUCCGUGAUCCGUAGCCGCCAUCUCUCUCUCUCCUCUCUCUCUCUCUCUCUCUCUCUCCGUCCUCCAUUGCUCUUGCCUGCCGGCUGCGUCCUCUUCCUGUCGCCGACAUCCAAGAAAGAUUCCGCUCUUCUGCGAGUAAGCUUCUGCGGACAAGGCGGCCGCCGCCGGCCGGCCGGAGGAAGCGGGGCCAUCAUCGCUCCACUCAUGGACGGCUGACCCCUGCAACGCCGUAACAGCAGCUCGAGGUUUCUCGCCGACGCGCGCGGCCGGCCAUGGAAAGAGCCUGGAGAUCAGGGGCGCUGUCGGAGACGGCGUCUUGCGCCGACACGCCAAGGUCAGGCUCCGGCCACUCCUCCUGCAAUCUCCAGCAUCGACACUCACAGAGUAUGCUGAGGACACGUGAGGCUGCAGUGGACAUGUCGCCGCGGUUCUCCUACUGCAAGCCUACCAUCAAUCCGGACAGCAAAAUGCUCCACAGAAGGCACUCGCUGAACUUGCCAGAGCAGUCGUUGCCUGGCCGUCACUCCAGGAAAACAACGGAAAGGACUCAGAAGGCAACUUCAAAGUCCAUCGCAGAUUUAGCUGGGGAGAUUGCGGCCCUCGAGCAGGAAGUCAUCCGCAAGGAGCUGCAUCUUCUGACCCUCUACAGAAGGGCAUUUGAUCAGCAUCUACCCGAUUCCUGCAGUUUUUUGAGUGAGCAGGUGGAUCAAGAAGCAAUUAAAAGUAUUGAUGAGGGUGCGCUCCGUCUAAGAGAUAUCAAGCAAUCUGCAGCCUUCAACUUGCCAACUGUCUCAGAUUCUAUGAGUGAGGUAUCGUCAAGACCGGCUUCGAAGCAUUCCAGCCUAGUGAACUUCUUGAAUGCUUCUAUCUCAGAUUACGUACCUAAGAUCUCUUGCAAACUAUCGGAGGACAUCCUCGGCUGCAUUGCUUCGGUCUACUGCAAACUUGCAAGCACGCCAUCUCAAGAUGCUGAGUCCGUGACUUCACCAAGUCAUUCUGUUUCAUCUUCAAGUACCUUCUCUCCGAGGCGUCGUAAUGAUAGCUGGAGCCCUCGGUGUACCUUCGAUGCCACCACGAGCCCUCGCCAAUAUCCAUCCAGAAAAGAGAAUAGUGAGCAAAACAUAGGCAUGAUCAUUGUUCCAAGGAUACAUAUAGACGCUGACAAGUUUGAAUAUGCGUCAAAAAUGCUGGAGACUAUCAGGUCCCUGAUACAGCGGCUCGAAAAAGUUGAUCCAACAAAGAUGACACAUGAGGAGCAGCUCUGCUUUUGGAUCAACAUCCACAAUGCUUUAGUCAUGCAUGCUUUUCUGGCCUAUGGGAUACAUGAUAAACGCCUGAAGAGCACUGACAUGAUUCUGAAGGCUGCAUACAAUGUGGGUGGUGAAUCAGUAAAUGCGCAAACUAUUCAGAACUCGAUCCUCGGAUGCCAAUCCCAUCGUCCAUCAUUGUGGGUUCGCACGCUGUUCACGCCAGCAAAAAGAUCCCUGGCAGGGUCGACGGCGAGGCACCCCUACGCCCUUCACCAUUCCGAGCCGGUCGCGCAUUUCGCGCUCUCCACAGGAACAUUUUCAGACCCGCCCGUGCGGCUGUACACGGCCAAGAAGAUCCACCACCAGCUGGAGCGAGCCCGGACCGAGUUCAUCCAGGCCAACGUCGCCGUGAAGAAGCAGGCCCUCCUGCUGCCCAAGGUGCUCCACUACUAUGCCAAGGACGCUGCGCUCGAGCUGCGCCACCUCGUGGAGCUGGUGUGCGAGAGCACGUCGGAGACCCAGCGGAAGGAGAUGGCACAGCUCCAGCACCGACUCAGGAAACGGAUCGACAAGUGUGUGGAGUGGCUGCCUUACAAGUCCAACUUCAGAUACGUUGUACAUAGGGAUCUGGCCGAGUAGGCAGGGCAGGCACCGGUUUUCGGUUUUGGUUUUGGGUUUUGUUCUUAUGGUGUAAGUAGUUACCGGGUUUUAGAUGAACCUAACCCAUGGUGUGGUGUGUAAGUGUGUAAAUACAGCUGAAGUGUGAAUUGUGUUGGUUUUGGUUAUAGGGGCUGGGUGUACUGGUGAUCUGAAUUGUGAAAGCUUCUCAUUUUGCCACUGUGGUGUAUACUGCUCAA